AUGGUUUUUAAAUCGUACUGGUAUUCUGCUCUACGUACUGUCUACAGUAAUUAUCGUUGAUCGCAUGGACAAGAGAAACAUAAAUCCUGGAACCCCCCCACCUGAAAAUAAUAAUAGAACCCCCAUCCGACAGCAAUGAACCCUUAAGGUUGCAGCCGUCAAUGCAACAGGGUACAAUUAAGCUCCGGACGUUUGACUUCCAGAAUAGAAUUGGCAAAUCGCCUACUCCUGCUUGAACAUGUAUAACGUAGAUCCUUGACCUCGGCUUUCGCCCCGCCAUCCAGAUCAUUCCGUACCUGGCUGACGCUUGCUGGAGGAGGAAUUGUCGGUCGUUUCCCGCAGACCGCAUGACUUCGAGAAAUCAGGAGUAUUUCUAAUUGUCAACUUCGGAAAUCAUAGUUUGCUGUCAGCCAACUUUCCUUGAGCCAGUCAAUCACCAAUAUUCAAGACUAGCAAAAGUCAACCAGCGCAAUCAUGCAGGCGAUACACAUCACCGAAUUCAUCCCGCGUCCCACGGAUAUACGCACCUCCACACUUCCCCAUCCAGCGCCGUCAGACGAUAAGAUCAUUAUCCGAACAACCCAUUGUCCCAUCACCCAUGUCGAUGUCCUCUAUUCUCAAGGCAAGCAUCAAAACAACCGCCGGCAUAUGAAACCGCCCUUCAUCCUCGGCACUGAAUUCGCUGGAGUCAUCGUCUCGGCGCCGUCUUCCUCCGGCCUCAGGACCGGAGACCGAGUCUUCGGCGGGGGAGGAGGGACGUUCGCGGAGUAUAUCUCCAUCGACGCGACCAAGGCGGACGGAGUUCGGAAGACGCCAGCGGGUUGGCGGAAUCGAGAUGCGUGUGCGGUCGGUGCCAGCGGCGCGGUGAGCUAUGGUGCAGUGGUCAAGAUCGCGAAGCUGAAGGGUGGAGAGACAAUGCUAGUGGCGGGCGCAACGGGUGGCCUUGGGAUCUGUGCAGUACAAAUUGCACUGGCGCUGGGGGCGAAGGUCAUUGCGCUGGUGGGAAAGGAUGAGCGGAAAGCGGACGUGGUCCGAAGCUUGGGCGAAGGAGAUCAGGUCCGGACGGUGUGUUAUGCGGACGACAACUGGGAAAAACAGGUGCUCGAGAUGACCAACGGCGAAGGCGUCGAGGCGGUGUACGAUGCGGUCGGCGUGGUGGGGAAAAGUCUCAAGUGUCUAAAAUAUGCCGGGAGGAUCGUUCUGGUUGGAUUCGCGGGGCUCCAGGGUGUCAUGGAGAAGAUCCAAAUGAACCGAUUACUGCUGAACGCUGCAUCAGUAAUUGGAUACAGAUUUGGCGAGCAGUCGAGGCGGCUCCCACACGAGACACGGGAAAUAUGGAAGGAGUUCAUGGACAUGGUUGAUUCUGGAAAGGUUCGCCCAGUUGUGUUCGACGGUAGCUAUCGUGGUAUAGAGAGUAUACCGCAAGCGCUCGCAGAUGUCGAGGGUCACAAGGUCUGGGGAAGGGCGGUGGUUGAAGUAGCGGACGAUGGAACGCUGGCCAAUGGUAGACUAUAGAUGAUCAUAUUAAUCAGUACCUUAUGUAGGAAUCAAGCUGGCAAAAGAUUUACAUAUCAAUGGUGCAAUAAAGCAUGAAGUGAGAGAGCGAGCGAUGAGCGGGAAAUGGUCAGAGGGUGGAGUGACCGCCGUGCACGUGACCAGCAGCGACUGUUCUGGGUCUGAGUUCUGAGUUCUAACUGAUGGAACAUGAUUAGUCAUUGAUCUG